AUUCCCACGAUGAUACGUGAAAUACCUAGCCGGUUCAGCAGGUAUUGCUGUUUUCACCUUGGUUGUCGCAACUUUGGAAAACCGAGGACACAGUUUUUUUUUUCGACGGGUGGUGUUUUUUUCUCAAAUUAAUUUCCCGAGCUAGCGUCAAGGCCGUGCCCAAACAAAAAGGUCUACUAUUUGCUGAUAUUUGCUGAGGAAAGGCCACAAGUGUCCCCCUCAGUUCUCAAAGAUUGCCCAGUGGCGCAUUUAAGAUUGCGGGAGAAGAAAAAAACACUUUUUUAAAAAAAAACGGCAACGUCUGUUUUCCAAAGUUGCGACAACUAAAGUGAAAACAGCAAUAAGAUGUCAAGAGCUGGUUAACUAGCGCAAUCACCGGGGUGCUGGGAGCUCGAUUACUUCUCUCAACGAGCCAUUAGGCCAUCCGUCAUGUGGAUCUGGGAAAACAAUAGCCUGGUAUAUUGCCGGUUGCCGGAACCUCAAACCCCCACCAAAAUUGUCUAAAAGUUCCACCAAUGCCUCUAACUAGACGAAGAGCAAGUGGUAUUUCCGCACGCCGGAGUUAUGGUAUCCUACCAGAUAAGCAGGACCUCACUGGAGUGAAGCAUUUCCUUCCUACAACACCCGUUGUCAAGCCCUUUGUGGUGGGUUAGCAGCAAACAACAGAGUAUCGCUCGUGUGCGCAACGCUCUAAAACUCUGGAACUAUUUGGCUCUCGGGUUCAAUAUAAUCGGUCGGAGGGAAGGAUGCAUGGUCCGACGGAGACUGGCAGGAAGGCAAUACUAGAUCCCCGACCGGGAAACAUCGCCCGAGGGGCUGGGGGCUGGCCUUACGCUGCGUGGUGGAUGGAGGGGGGAAAAGUGAUGGUGUUAGGAGGGAGUUGCCGUACUGUAUGGUACAGCACUGUAUUCCAACGGAUAAUUCUGUUCGGGAGGCCUAGGAAACGGGCAAAGGUUGCGGACCAAACCCCCCCACCCCGCGAAACUGGAAACCUUCUGCCUGACAAGUUCUUGAGAGUCGGAAAACGAGUCUCCAAUUCCAAUAUGUACGAUAUUAUUAUACAAGGAACGCCGCGGAACAUCAUGAAUAGGUUAGAGUUCAUGUUUUUUUUAGGAGAUGGAUGGUUUUUAGUAUCCAUUCUAGGUAGGAACCAAUUGGGAAAGAACAUGUAUCUUAGUCAGUCAGUAAAUAGAUACAGAAGUUUAUGA